AUGGAUGAGGCAAAUGAAACCUAUCGAAAAGGAGGAAAGGCUCCAACGUAUAAAGAUCCUGACAAGCUUACUCUUGAGAUUCACUAUGGAAGUACAUUGAUGCAAGUAGCUGUCGGAAAAGGGGAUGAAUAUUGUGGAGGGGAGGUUGUGUUUCUUGACAAUAUAGAUGGAGAUAAAUUAUCGUGGAUUGAGCUAGUUAGGAUUGCAAAAGAAAUAGGUUAUACAGGGGAGAACAUAUGUUUUUACUACAAGUUGUCUCGUGAUAAGGAUUACAGAUUAAUAGGUAAUGAUGAAAAUGUGUUGCAGAUGGUUGCAGAAAGGCCUAACAGCAAAAUUAUCCAUCUAUAUGUUGUUUCAUUUGAUGUGGCACUUUAUGAGUUGUCAUGGCAAGGUCAGCAUGGGGAUUUACUAAGUGAAACAGCAAGUGGCACCUACAAAGAAGCUAAAGGUCAAAAAGGGGAAUAUGAAGGGCAAAAUGAGGGACAAGAUGGGAAUGGUACAAAAAAUGGAGAAGUUAAUAUGCAGGAAGAAAAGGAAAGAGCUGGGAAUGCUAGUGAAAAUGAAGAGAGUGAUGAAGAAGAUGAUAAGGAGUUCAUAGAUAGUGACUAUGAGCAAGAUACAGAUGCAGAAGAGGUGGAGAUUGAUGAUGCAAUGUUUGAGGAGUACAUUGACAAUCUAAUUGAAGAAGAGCCUGAAGAAAUGGGUUAUGCAAGGGAGAUUUCAGAUGAUGUCCAUAAUUCAGAAGAUCUUCAUAGCAAACAAGACAAUGAUGACGAGUGUGAUGAGAAUGGUGAAGUCACCAGCAAUAGGAGGAAAAGAAAUGUUCCAAACUUCAAUGGAGGAGAGAAGCUAUGCUAA